AUGUCUGGAAGAGGAAAAGGUGCUAAAGGUCUCGGAAAAGGAGGCGCUAAGCGUCAUAGAAAGGUGCUUCGUGAUAACAUCCAAGGCAUCACCAAGCCUGCUAUUCGUCGUCUAGCCCGUCGGGGUGGUGUAAAACGCAUUUCCGGUCUAAUAUAUGAGGAGACUCGUGGCGUCCUCAAGGUGUUCCUUGAGAAUGUUAUCAGAGAUGCUGUAACCUACACUGAACAUGCUAAACGAAAGACUGUAACCGCAAUGGAUGUGGUCUACGCCCUCAAACGCCAGGGCCGUACUCUCUACGGUUUCGGUGGAUAG